AUGACGGCACUGGCGAAAGAUCCGGCCGACUGGUUCCGAAGAUGGAGUGGUUCCGAAGUUAAAGCUCUACGAAGCUCCGAUUUCCAGCUCCACCGACGUCUCUGCUUCAAUGUUCUAAGAAGAAACGGCCCAACCCGAAUGCUUCGACAUAAUAUUUUAUUUGGGCCUGGCUUAGGCCCAACCAUCGUCUCCUCCUUCGUCCCGGCAUCACCUCCCUAACUCCGUCGCAGCAGAAGUCGUCGUCGUUAACGGGUAAUCAUACAUCUCUUCCGCCACAGAGGAACACAACAACCUUUCAUAUCGAUAAACUACAAUGGCGCAAUCACACGUUCCUUCUCUCAUAUUCAACUCUCUCGUCUUCUCUUCUACAAAAAUCCCUAAUUCCGAACAGAAUCUCCCCCUUCGUUCCAGGUAUCAAAUUUCUUGAAUUGCUAAACAAACCGUGAAAUUGGGAGUAGAAAAUACAAAGCGUAUCCAUCUCCAAUGAUUCUCUUUACAAGAUUGACGGCGGUAAAAAGAACCACCGCCACCGCCACGUUCUCCAUCGGCACAGCUUUCAGAACCCUCAAAACCGCCAUGACAGACCAGAUGAGUAAUGGCAGGGCAAGAGACCACGGAACAAACGACGAUUAUUUUGCUACAAUUCAUCACAUUUCCAACAUUGUGCGCCGUGAUAUCUACUUAGAAAGAACCCUAAACAAAAUGUGCAUUUCCAGAAUCGUCAAUUCAGAGCUUGUUUAUCGUGUACUCCGCAGCUGUUCCAAUUCAGGUAUCGAAUCUUUCCGUUUCUUCAAUUGGGUUCGAACCCAACACCCCCAAUACGAACCUACCACCGUUGAAUUUGAAGAACUCCUCAAAAUCUUAGCCAAAACCCGCCAUUGGGAGACCAUGUGGAAGGUCGCACACCAGAUGAAAACCCAAAAACUCCCAAUUUCAUCAUCUGUUGUUUCUUUUAUAAUCGAGCAUUAUGGCAAAAACGGGCUUAUCGAUCAAGCUGUUGAGCUUUUUAACAAAUGCAAGAACUUUAAUUGCACCCAAACCACUGAAAUACACAAUUCCUUACUCUUUGCCCUUUGUGAAGUCAAGAAUUUUCAAGGAGCAUAUGCUUUGGUUAGAAGAAUGGUUCGUAAAGGAAUGACCCCAGAUAAAAAAACUUACUCUGUUUUAGUCAACGGGUGGUGCUCUGCUGGAAAGAUGAAAGAAGCCCAAAGUUUUUUAGAAGAAAUGAGUCAAAAGGGGUUCAAUCCACCUGUUCGUGGUCGUGAUCUUUUGAUUGAUGGCUUAUUGAAUGCUGGUUAUCUUGAAUCAGCAAAAGGGUUAGUGCGUAAAAUGACAAAAGAGGGCUUCGUAUGUGAUGUCACCACAUUUAAUACAUUAUCAGAAGCUAUAUGCGAAUGGGGUGAGAUUGAUUUCUGUAUUGCUCUCUACCAUGAUGUUUGUAGAUUAGGGUUAUGUCCUGAUAUCGAUACUUACAAGAUCAUGAUCACUGCAACUUCAAAGAUUGGGAAGAUUGAUGAGGCGUUUAGUGUUCUUUAUAGAUCGAUUGAAGAUGGGAAUAAGCCGUUCCCGAGUUUAUAUGCUCCGAUUUUGAAAGGGCUUUUUAGGAAUGGAAGGUUUGAUGAUGCGUUUAGUUUUUUUAGUGAUAUGAAGGUGAAAGGGCAUCCACCAAAUCGACCUGUUUAUAGUAUGAUUUUGAAGAUGUGUGUGCGUGGUGGGAGAUAUGUUGAAGCUGGUAAUUAUUUGAUGGAGAUGAUUGAAUUUAAAUUGUCACCAAUGUCACGACAUUUUGAUAUGGUGACUGAUGGAUUAAAGAAUUGUGGGAAACAUGAUAUGGCUAAGAAGAUAGAGCAGUUGGAAAUAUCACUUCGGGGUAUGUGAUUGUGAGGUGUUACAUUGGUUUUGUGAUCAUUCAUACAAUUGUUUUGUUUAGUUUUAUAUUAUAUACCCCAAUGAUUAAUUGAUUAUCAUUACCUUAGUGAAGUAUGAGUUUCUAUUUUCAGG